UGACUGGAAAGCGGCCUGUAUAAACGCUCCAUAAGGCUGCUUCUACAAGUUAAAUAUUGCGAACUAUGUGUAUGCUUAGUUAUUAAAACAAUUUCAGCCAAAUUGUAUGGUAUUAAAGCUUGCAUAGUAGUUGGAUAAGUGAUUCGUACUCAAAUCAAUGAUUAUACCAUAUGGAAGUGUGAUUUCGGAGUGAUACUGUAAGGCAGCGGAAAGGAGCAAUAUAGAAGCAGCCAAGGUGCUUGUGUGUACAACCUGUGUGCAGGCAGCGUACACUUCUGACAGUCAAACCGCGAGAGCGGAGUAGUAGAAGGAGCGCGCGAGAAAGAGAAAGAGCGAAGAGUGAGUGAGUGAGAGAGAGAGAGAGAGAGAGAGAGAGAGACUGGCGUCGAGCGUGCGAGGAGGAAGGUAAGCCUGUGAACGUGAAGUUUUCAGUCGUCGCUCGCACCGAGCGUAGUCAGGCAAUCACGUCGUCUUCUCCGCGAGUCUGGCGUAGAACACAGAAACCGCGUUUGCAAGAAGUCGUUGGUCUACGAUUCCAUGAGUCUAGAAACAGCGAACAACAGAGUUGUGGCCCAGGUACAUCUGGCGAGUGCGUGUCGCCAGGUAAACACACCUUUCUAACCUCUAGCACACGAGAGGAGGACCGAGUCUGCGAAUACGAGCCUGUAGACAGACGCAGGUGGUAUGAGCAGUGAACGUGAGUGCGCGUGUCUGGCCAGCAACGUGCGAUAGCUGUCCUGCUGCUGCUGGGAUGCCUGGGCGCGCACGACAGGUGUUGAGCAUGCAGCCUGCGACCGACAGAGAGAUGCUGUUGCUCGACCGAAAGUGAGAAGCUGCUGAUCGGAGUGGUUGCAAUCGUGAAUGCGACUUGACUGCGGCCGUCAAUAAUAUGACUUGGGCCAGGACACGGCGGCAAGCAGCAGCACGUAGAAGAACACAGACGACGACGACGACGACGAGCAGCAACUCCCGUCAUCCUCUGGGCUAUGAGCGCUGACAAUGGGGACGAAUCCUUGGUGGCAGACGAAAGCGAUGGGCUACUGGUGAGAGUAAGUGCGAUUGGUUGGCGAGCGGAGUGCCGCUCGGUGGAUGCUGUGGCCGGCGCUCGGGGACGAGGGCCUGAGGCCCGUCUCGCCACCGACGCUCGCCUCGACCCCCAUCUGCAAGCCAGUCAACAAGCUGGCGCCUUUAUUGCUUUGCGCACCCUGCAAACCCACCAUCCGCAAGAACCACUGCACCACACAGUGGUAUGUCCAACAGCCCACGUGGCGUCUUUGGGGCGAGGAAAAAGGUGACGGCGUUGUCUACACUGUUUACCUCAAAAAAGUCCGCUAUCACAGGCCUACAAGGAGUCUUUCUGCUUCGGACUCGGACGACGAGAUCUCGCACCUAGAAUGGGAAACGGUGCGCGUGCGUUUCUUAAAGGCGGGCACGGUGCAAAAGUUGGUGGAGAGUUUGGCCAACGACGACGGCGAACUCGAGUCCACCUACAUCAAUGUGUUCCUGGCGACAUAUCGCGCGUUCACCACGCCGCGGGAAGUGCUGGAGUUGCUUCUCGCGCGGUACGAUUCGCUCGACGAGGCGGCCAACGCCCAGCAUCGCAAAACCCUUGUGCAGGCGCUGCACGUGUGGCUCGACGCCUAUCCAGGUGACUGGCGCUCGCCGCCCAGUCAUCCGCUCCUCACCAGGCUGCUCGAUUUUGCGCAUCGCAGACUGCCUGGCUCCGAACUCGAGCUCAAGGUGAGGCAUCGGCUGCAUAGGUUUUCACAGCGUGAGGAUCAAUUAGAUAAUUCGUGUGCAAUAUACGAUAAUGAAAGCCACGGUCUGCACUGCGCAAAUGAGUUCAACGACAACUGGUCUAGCUAUGCCUUGCCGGAGGUGCCUCAUCGCCACUUCGCCGAGCAGCUGACGCGCAUGGAUGCCGAAGUGUUCAAGAAACUCGUGGCCCACCAGUGUUUGGGAGCAGUGUGGUCAAGGCGAAGCGAUCGCACUCGAAGCCACGACGCGGCAACGGUUCUCGCGACGGUCAAUCAGUUCAACGCCGUGUCGCUGAGGGUCAUCUCGACGGUCCUCCUGCUGGACGAAGGGACAAAACCACAGGAGCGUGCUCGCAUCAUCGAGACUUGGAUCGACAUCGCUCAAGAGCUGAGGAUACUCAAGAACUUCAGUAGUCUCAAGGCCAUUAUUUCGGGCCUGCAGAGCAACUCGGUGUACAGGCUGGAGAAGUGCUGGCAGUGUAUGCCCAGGGAGAAGCACGAGAUAUUCCGUGAGCUCGAGAGGAUAUUCUCAGAGGAGAACAACGCCUGGACACAAAGGGAAUUGCUCAUCAAGGAGGGCACUGCCAAGUUUGCCGACACCGCCGGCAGGAGCGACAGGCACCUACAAAAGAUACUUCAGAAACAGAAUACUCACGCGGGGAAUAUCAGCUACGGCACUAUUCCGUACUUGGGCACAUUCCUAACGGACCUAACGAUGAUCGAUACAGCCAUCCCAGACACGGUGGCCGAAGGCCUGAUCAACUUCGACAAGCGUCGCAAGGAGUUCGAAGUGCUCGCUCGAAUACGCUUAUUGCAGGGUGCCGCUAAUGCAUAUAACUUCAGUCCGGAUUCACUGUUCGAGCGCUGGUUCCACUCGAUCCUGGUUCUAGACGAUCGGGAGGCCUACAGGCUGAGCUGUCAAAUCGAAGCUCCGCCACCUGGCAGUACCAUCAACAACCGGUCGGCUGCCAAGAAGAAACACCAGCACAAUCACAAUCAUUCACACCAUCACCAUCAUAAUCACUCAAAUAAUCAUCAUAACUCUGGUCAUCGUAAGAACGAUUCGAUAGCUUCAACUUCGAGCUCUAGUAGCUCGCAGUUCUACUGUGAUUUGGAUUCUUUGCCUAGCUCGCCGCAUAACUCACUCGACAGGCGAACAUCUCCCUCACAGAUGUCUUCUUCGUCCUCAUCGUCUUCCUUGCCCUCGCUCGACAUCUCGCUGAGUUCUGGUGGUGGUAAUGGUGGUAGCAACAGUGCAAAUCAGAGCCGGCUGAAUACACCACAAACCUCAAACGGAGCUGCUACUGCUGCUGGUCUGUCGAGCCCAAGUCACUCGCACAAAAACUCUCCGGAUUUUUAUAUAAUCAAAGUGACGAUGGAGAGUGACAAUGUCGAGACUGAAGGCGUUGUUUUGUACAAAUCUAUAAUGCUGUCGAAUAACGAGAGAACGCCUCAAGUUAUACGCAACGCUAUGCUUAAGCUCGGUAUCGAGGGUAAUCCCGAUCAAUUUACCUUAGCGCAAAUUUUGCCCGACAGAGAAAUGGUUCUGCCUAACUCGGCGAAUGUCUAUUAUGCAGUUAACACGGCGCAUAAUCUUAAUUUUAUUUUAAGACCAAAAAAGACUUGAUUCUAGUUAAUGUUUACAUCAAGUUUAGUCUCGAAAAUCAUAAUUUAGCUAGUAAGCAUUGACAAAGCAAACUUUAAAUUAACUGGAAGUUUAGCUAAUGUGAAAUAUUAUCUUUAUUUUUUAGUAUUCACCAAUUCAAUUCUUAACAGUUUUAUAAUACAAAGAUUUACUUAUCACAUGUUAUAAUGAAAAUUUGAAUUGUUUCUUUCUACAGACUUAAUGACACUCUACCGAUUUUUGUAGAAUCUUUCAAAACAGAAUUUUUUUGUCGGAUUUUUGAAACCGAACUUCACAAAGUAUUAACCUGUUAACCGGGGAAAUCCCUUUCUAAUUACGCAACAUAUAACGGGCGCGUCCUUUUCCACUAAGACGUGUAUGAAUGACGUAUUACUAUAGUAGUAGUAAAAUAUACGUCCCGCCCGUUUCAGGGCGCAAUAUAAAUAUCGAGGAUGUAUUCAUAUGUCCUACCCGUACCCGAUAUUGUUUACUUUUGACGUAUUUAUACGUCCCGCUCGGUUAACAGGUUAAUUAAUUAACGAAGAAUCACCUUUAACAAGUAUAUUUUGACUUUAGAUAAAUCUCCUAGAAUAUCUGCCUCUACCAUGACAGUUCAAUUGACUUUAGCACAAAAUGACUGUAUAUUUUAGUAUAUUUAUGUAACAAAUACGAAUCUUUAAAUGACACUGAAAAAACCUGCAAUAAUUCUUUUUUUCUAUUUAUGAUUGUGUCUGCAUAUAUCUAUGGCUGAUUGAAAAAUAUUUAAAAAUAAAAAGCACCGAGCGAAGUGUCCCAAUGUGCGCUCUAAUGUAUUUAUAAACUUAUAUACUUGUCGAUUGUAUGAAAUUUCUUAGUUGUUUAUAAUAACAACAAAGGACCAGUGAGUUUUUGUACAUACGUUUUGUUUAAUUGUAUAAGUGGAACAUAAACCGCAUGAUGAAGAAAGCAACAGCUUUAUAGUUAAAAUUUAAAUUUUUUGAUAAAGUCUGUUAUACUGAACAAUAUAAAUAAAUAAACUAGACUUUACUUGAGUAUUGACAAUGAAACUAUGAUUCAAACGAGCUUCGGACUUUGAAAAUGUAUUCAAAAAAGAAAGUUGAAUUAUUGUCAUUUGCUAAAUACGAGAAAAGAAGGAAUUCUGUGAUAUUCUCAAAAGCACUUUAAUUUGGCCUUGUACAAUAAAGUCCUGAAACAUUAGAAAAAUACUCAAAUGUUAGUAAUUUUACUAAUAACCAGAAUAGUAAGUAGUAAUAUGUGAUGAAAUUAAUAAAUUACCAAUGCUGUUAAACACCAAGUAAAAUGAUCCAACUACUAUUGGGUUUCAGAUAAGUGCAGUAUUGUCGGCUGGGCCAUUGUGUACUUAUAUAUUGUCAAAUUUGUCUAUGAAGAGUAGUGUAAUCGAUUUUUUUUUCGAAAAGCUAUGAAAUUUUUCAAUGAAAAUUUUCUAGCAUGUUGAUUUGUGGUUCAAUCAAAUAUCUUUCUACAAUGGUAUAAGUAUAUGUUUGAUAGGUAAAAAAAGACACGAUAUAUGUUGAGAAUUUAGAGUGAAGUGUACAGGUUUAUGAAUAAAAAUAUAUGUUUAGUUUAAAAAACUAUUUUGUUGAA